CAGCUUGGGUUCAAACCGGCGAUCUCCAAGCUAUAGGGCGCAUCCUGCACUCCAGGCAGGGUGCCCAAACUGGGUCUCUCGAUUACUUUUUCAUUAUUGCAUUUCUACACAAAGCCAUUGAAAUGCGACACUUUGGUAGUUUUAAUAAACUAGGAGUUGGCAUAACACUGGGAAAAUGUUAAGGCUGAAAACUGUGGCAGUUUUUUCCCAGGACUUGCUCGUUUUAGCCUACAUGUUGCACUCAAGCAGUAGACCUGCAUCUGUGUAUUUGACAAGGAGGCUGUGCUACACUGGCCAGGGUUUUCAUUUUAACAGCCCUUUCUCUCCCUCAGCAAGGCGAUGGGCGACAAUUUGAAGGAUAAACUGAGCCAGGAGGCCUGUAUCAAGACGCUGUGCUGCUGCUGCCUGCAGUUCGAUUCCUGCAAGAGCCCGGCCGAUCUGGAGAGAGGAGCCGCCGCGGGAGCCCGGAGAAAGCGUCGGAAACGCCAGCCCCAGGUCCGCCGCCCGGCGCCGCUGAAGGAGGCAGUGCGCAGCCUGGGCGGUUUUUUCUUCGGGCUGGCGCUGUCGUCUUGCUACGCGGGGAUGGUGCUCUUCGUCCACAGCUACGGCAUGUGGUACUGCCUCCUUUCCACCGUCACCAUCGCCACCUUCUGCUCCUUCGGCAUGGGCUUGUCCGUCCGCAUCCGCUCCAACGUGUUCCUCAUGCUGCCCAUGAUCUGCUCCAAGGAAGGGAAGAACAUACUGCUCUUCAUGGCCUUCACGCUGGCGAUCCAGGGCCCCACGAUGAACAUCCUGGAUAACUUUGAGCGGGCGGCCGAGGCUGUGUCCUGUGGAGUGGAGCUGGCCCUCAAUCAGACCAAGGAGCUGGUAGAGAAAGUCACCACCCCCCUGGCCCCUGUCCUUAAUAAGAUCAAGAACAUCUCUAAGAAUGCUAAAGUCGUGGCAGACAAGGUCCGGAGGUUUCUCAAGAGUCUGAUGUCAUCAGUGAAGCAUGUCGCUCGUAUCUUAAGGAAUGUCUUGCACUUCCUCGUGAAUAUCGGAGAGAUCUGCAAUGACCAGCUGGGCUCCCCGUACAGGAAGUGCAUCAAGAUAUUCGACGAUGCCCGCGCGGACUGCUUGGACGUCAUGUCCUUCUUCGGAUUCCUCUGCUACAUCGUGGACGUCUUCAAACCACUGUGCGGACUGGCCUACAUCAUCCAGCUGUUCUGUAUCAUUCCUACCUACAUCAUGGGGCGAAUCAGGGAGAAGACUUCGAACCCUGUGAUGGCAGCCUUCGAGAAGAUGAAGGAUGAGUUUGAGUUCAACAUCUCCAGCAGCUCCAGCUUCUCCAUGCACUUCAACAAGAGCAAGUCCAUCUUCCAGGUGGCCGCAGACAUCAUGGAGGAGGUGUCUGUGGAGCUGGACAAGUUUCAGGAGUUCAUCGGUCUCUUCGGCUACGCCACGCUCUUCCUGGUGUUCUACAUGUACCUGCAGGCUGUGCUGUACAGGAAGAAGUACCUGUUCCAGGAUGACUAUGACAAUAACUAUAUCACCAAUGAGUUUGUGGAGAUGGACAUCAUGAGAGCGCAGCAUGACAAGAACACCGUGCUCCCACUGAGCCAGGACGAAGCUCUGAAAUACGUCAGACCCUGUUCUCUGUACAUGACAGGCAGGGAGAAGCGCACCUACAUCUGGAACAUCACCAAUGUGUUUCGUCACAUGCUGAUCUGCUCUCUGGUGGUGGUGAUCGAUUACAUUAUAUUCUGGAUCUUCGACAUGGUGCGCUACUACCUGCAGGGGGAGAUAAUAGCCCGGGCCCCUGUGCAGAUUGCAGUUGAUAUUAGCGGGUCUGGAUAUGCAGCCGAUAUCUACAAAGACAUUGUAGCGUCCUUCGACAUCCUGCAGCAAGCGAACAUCAGCGUCCUGAGCAAGAAGUGUAGGAUGAACCCUACCGAGCCAGACUACAUGGGCUACCUCAUCAUAGGGGGGCUGUACGGAAUGUCUUUUUUCAUUGUCGUCGCUGGGAAUUAUGUGACCAGGCUGCGGAGGUUUGUGUGUGCCAGUUACUACCCAUCGAGAGAGCGGGAGCGUAUCUGCUUCCUGUACAAUCAGAUCCUGUCCAAGCGCACCUCUCUCCCCACAGCUCUGAUGCAAGCGAUCAAGAAGAACACGGCGGACGAGGGGCACACCAGCAUGCUAAUGGUUCUGGGGGCAAAGUUCCCGGGCUGUGGCAGGCUGGUUCAGUUCAUGGGAGUGUAUCAGAGUUACUGCAUGGCUUGUGGGAAGGUUGCAGAGGGCAAGUACACGUCUGCGUUCAUCACCUGCAUCACUCCAGGAUGCAAAGGUCUGUACUGCACCCAGUGCUUUAAGAAGCUGAACAACGUCUGCACCAUCUGCAUGAGCCCUUUGACCUUUGAGGAUGACAACGAGGAAGAGCUGGACUCGAGUGACGAGGAGAAGGUAAAGCUGUGGAUAUCAGCUAUGAAGGCGAUGAAGAACAUGGAGCUGGAGAAGAAGAGAGAGCUGAGGAAGCUGCUAAAAAGGCGGAUCAAGGAGGCCCUGCGGAAGAAGGUGGACAAGGGGGGCCAGGGCCUGCCCAAGGAGCUGCGCAAGAGAACAGCUUCCGAGAAGAGCGAGGAGAGGAGCGAGAGCGACACCAGCAGCAACAUCAGCAGCCAGAGCAGCGACUCCAACAGUGACCUGGACUUCAAUUACCAGGACAAGUCGGAGUCUGAGCACACUCCCUCCAGCGAAGACGACCCCGAGGCCUUCCUGGAGAAGCGCAAGCAGAGAGUUCAGAUGAGCCGCCAAGAACUGAGCGACGACUCCUCUGAGGACAGCAGCGGCAGCCAAGCCGAGGAGACGAAGGGCAGCGAAAACGCCCCGGAGCAGCCAGUCAGAGAGGAGCCACCUGCUGCACCGGAGGAAACACCACCUGGGGAUGACUUCCUGGCCUCCUUGAACAGGGCAAAGACAGACCUUCAAGAAACAGCGCCCUCUGCUGCCCCAGCUGAACGGGAAGAUGACCUAACUGAGCAUCAGCAUUACUAAACUAGUAGCUAACAAAACAAUUCUGUAAAUCUUACCCAUUUUGCAUUUAGGACUAAGAUGUGAAAGAAGCACUCUAUUGCACACAUUUUAUUUUCAUUAA